CAUGUCCUUGUGCCCGGAGAAGCUAUAAGCUCGCUUGCUUCACCUCCCCUCUUUUACCGCCUGCUUUUUAAACGCUUUCUCCUACAGAGAGCUUUCUCCAGAGCUCACGGUAAAGGUUCCUGGCCAUCCUCAAGCUAAACGUGGAAAUGAAGGAAAGCGAAAGUAUUUAACUAGACAAUAAGAGUAAAGAAGGAAACAGCGGAAGUUUUAUUACCUGAGGGAGCACUCGGAGAUGUCACAAAUGAAGGACAAGUUUCCUGAGACCCCCAACAACCAUAGAGUGUCCUUGAAGAGCAACGGGUCCAUCAAGAGUGUUGAGAAGAUGUCGACUGAUGAAGAUGGCGUGAAGGUGGGCAUGCUGCAGACACUCAGAAAGAGCUUCCGCCGUGCAGCAGAGAAGAGUCCUCUAUCAUCUGGAGUUAAGGGAUUAAAGGUCACAUCCAAAUCGGACACAGCAGGAAAUGAGUCGGAUUCUGUGGCUUCACCACCACCAAAGUCACCCAGUCUCAGUGCCGACUCUCCAACCGACUCUCUGAGGAACAUCGAGAAAAAAGAGGACGAUACCAAUAUGUCCAAGUUUGGUAGUUUGAUGAAAAGAGGAGCGUCCCUUCGUCAGAGCCUGAAAAUGGUUACUAAGAAGGACAGUGAUAAAACCUCCAAUAAGGACGUGCUCGUGGCCGUCUCUCAGGGCUCAGUGGAGGACAAGAAGGAGGAACAGGAGGUUUUGAGGGAGGAGAUUGAGGAGGACUACAUACUGCCAGAUAUCCCGCUGACACCAUUAUCAGUGAUGGAGAUCAACAAACUGAUAGAGAUGGAGAUGCUGGAGGAUGCUCAUCUGAACCUGCUCGCCCUGCGGCAGGAGUUUCAGCAGCAGUGGGAGCAAUGUCCCGAGGACUCAACUAUGGAGCUGGCCAAGAAGGAAAAAGACCUCAACCUCCUCUAUAAAGACCUGAGGAAAAAGAUCAGUGAAAUAGUGCGUGACUCCAACUCGGUGCUCCUUCUCCCUGUGGCCCGCAUCAUCCAGGAGGAGGAGAAGAGAGCAGGAGAACCAGGAGCGUUGCCAGACAGCUGGAUGGAGGCCUGGAGGGAGUCAGUUUGUGCGGGUGUGCAGGUGAAGGUGAAGAGUAUUCACCUGGAUGGAAGAGAGCAGAACUCCUCCUGGUUAGCAGUUCAUCUGGGUCUUUUGGGUAAAGCCAUAGUGGAGGACCUGGAGAAUGUCAAGCUGGAGCUGCGGUGGUCCUACCCACCCAGCUUUAAAGUCUUCAGCACCUACGUGAGAGGUUACAACACAGUCGUUGCGCAGCACCUGAAGAAGCUGGAGCAGCAGGUGACGGAGCUGAAGGAUUUGUACGUUCUGCUGGACUGGAUCAUCAACAAAUACAAGAGUGAGAGGGUCAUGGGAAGUCUCUCUCUGCAGCCAGACAUGCAAGAUGAAAACACUGAUCUGCAGCUUGAGAAAGACUUCCUGGAACAACUGAAAGAGAAAUACUGCUGCAGAAUGAAGGAGAAACUGAGGUCUAUACUGGGCAGUGUCAUUCAGCUUGAAAAUGAAGAGGUGUGGAGGGACGGCAAGGCUCCCAGAAUGGAGGACAACUUCCCGAUUUCUUCAUUUCCCAUUGACAUCUCGACGAACGUGAAAUCAUUUGUGUCAAACUCUCUAAAAAUUGAUGCCCAGCUGGAAGUGAAAGUGGUUUCUUCCUGCCUCGAGGAGUUGAAACAGUUCCCAAAUAGGUUCCAAACAGAGUUCGGCCAUUUUUGCAGCACUCACCAGCGGCAGCCUGUGUGGACAGAGUAUCAGAUUACAUACAUCAACAGCUUUGCUUCUUUACAGAAAUUCAUGGAGGAGUACAAAAAAACCUGUGCAGGUGGGGUGAAAGGCUUUGAAGCAGAGGCAGAGCAGCUCAUUCACUGGCUUAUGCGAGGCCUGGAGGACCAAUUUAAAGAGGAUGUCAAGCCGUACCUGAGGAGAAUGAUGACGAGGAAAUGGCUCACUAACAAUGAUGAUUUUGAUCACCUCUACAAACGGACAGAGCAGCUUUCCCAGCACUGCGGUCUGAUGAUGCCGCCACACGCCAAGGAAUUUGCGAGCAAAUUGCACUGUCAUGUGGCGAUUGAAUACAUCGGUCAGCUGAUGAAGAGUAAUUACUCGUGCAAAAACCGGAAACACGAGAAGGCGGCGACCAAGAUCCGUCAGCAGUGGAAUAAACUCAGAGACCUAUUUGAGGACAUGAAGUCGACUAAUGAGUGGCUAAACCCUGUAGGAGAUGACUUGAGCAACAUCAUUGGACAGAAGAACAAAACAGACAUCAAGAACCAUCUGCAGCCUUUAAUAAAUCAUUACCCAGAUUUCAGUAAGAAGCACCUGGUUGCUGUUCUGUACUUCAGGGGGCUCAUGAGGGGCCACGAACACCAGCUGAUCCUCCAACGACUCACGAUACUGAAGAAGGAAAUGAACACUUCCAGCAGUGACAGAAACCGAGACUUAUUCAGUAAAAUGCAGGUCACGGUCAACUCAAACUGCCUGUCCAACUUGCCUUUCUCCUGCUUCAGCUUCAUGAUGCCAGACAACUAGGAAAACACUGCAGGCGUAACACCACAGAGGGCUGUAUUUGCCACGAAGAAAAAAAAAAAAUCGUGCAAUAAAGUAUGUCACCUGUGAAGUACCCAGGGAUUGGUGGUCUGUCCAAAACUUUUUGUAUUUUGCACUAAUAUUUGUUGUGGCCUAUCCAGGGUGCACCCUGCCUCUUGCCCAGUGGCAGGUGGGAUAGGCUCCAGCACCCCGCAACCCUGAAUUGGAUAAGCGGAGGAUGGAUGGAUGGAUGGAUGGAUGGAAUUAAUGCUCAGAGGAAAAUCAAAGUACCUCAGACUGUGGACAAACUUGUGUUUAGUAAAGCAAAGAUGAUUUGAGGGGUACUUGUAAGUUCACUGUUGAAAAAGCUGAAAGGGGGGUUAAAAAGAGAUGUAUUUCUACUGAUGGGGUUAAUUAUUAUUAAGAGUGCUGACAUAAAUUUUAAAAAUGUUUCAUUCACUUCUGAUUUUCAAAAGAAUAUAACAGUUUUAAGGGUUACAAGUGUAAAUGACCCAUUCUGAAGGGCAGCUUCAGCUGAUUGUAAUGUGGACUUAUGAAACAAUUUAGCUUCUUGUUGAGCCUGUUCAGUCAUAUGAGCUCUUUAUGUUUAUAUUUAUGUGUUAAAUGUAAUUAUAGUGUAAACUAAGUGAUCUAAACUAAACUGUGUUUAAUUUAAGUGUGUAUGUGGAGACCACAGUGCAUAUGUAUAGAACUAUAUAAAAAGCAUAUGCAUAUAAGACUUAUGGUCUUUGCAGUGUUGGUGUAUGAUGAAUGUUAACCAGUUUCU